CCAUGUAAAAGGGAAAGCCCUGUCAAUCUGACAUGUCUAUCAAAGAGAAGCAGCAGAUGAUUUUGGACACUGAGAGUGCAGCACACACUGGAAUGGAGGGUCAGUCGAGGUCCUCUCAGAAGUAUGUGCUGCUGCAGGUGUGGUGUGGUAUCCUCACUGUGGCCAUGGUGGUUAUGGCUGCACUAGUCCUUUCCAUCAAACCCAAGUCAACUGAGGGCACAGUCACUACACUGAAGCCAGGUUCUGUCAGUCCAACAGGUCCACCAGUCAACACUGUCCCAGCUCCCUUAAAGUCUAUACGAUCCUCUCUCUCAUACAUCCAGCUGGUCAAGCCUUCGAAGAGUCAACCUUGGCAAGACUUAUACAAAAGAUGUACCUCCUGCUCCCUCAUCCUGCAGAACGACUCUAUCCACUGCACAGAGAACGGCCUCUACUUCAUGUACGCCCAGGUCACCUUCAGCAAGCUCCAAAAGAAAAGUCAAACCGUAUCUGUGAUUCUGAAAAGAAAUGCCUCAUUUGGUAAAAGCGAAAUACAUCUGGUUGAGGGGACCUUCCCGAACACAACAGUGGGCCCUGUGUGGGUGGCCAAGAUGGUCAGCCUCACAGUGGGAGACAGUGUCAGCUUAAAUAUCACAGAUGAUUUUCUAACAGACACCAUGUUGACAUUCUGGGGUGCCUUUCAGCUUCAUUAGCACUGCGGGUCUCCGGGAUUUGUUACUGUACAAGAGUUGGGGUUGGACUGGUAUGUUAUUAGUAGGCCUAUACUAAUAUGUUUCAACAAAAGCUGUUCAUCACCUGUACUUUCUUCUCAGAUUUUGUGACAGACAUUUAACUCAGUUUUUGCCAAAAAUAAUACUCAAAACACCAGGGAUUCAUCAGUCAUCAAAAUUGCUGGAUCUUAUUUUUCAGGGCUGCAUGAAACUAGGGCUGCAACUAGCAAUUACUUUCAUUGUCCAUAUGUCUGCCGAUUAUUUUCUCUAGUAAUCGAUUAGUUGUUUGGUCUAUAAAAUGAAAGAAAAUGGUGAUAAAUAUUGAACAGUAUUUUCUAAAGCCCUGAAUAACAUCUUCAAAUGUCUUGUUUUAUCCACAACCCAAAGAUAUUCAGUUUGCUGUCAUAGAGUAAAGAAACCAGAAAAUAAUCACAUUUAAAAGCUGGAAUCACAGAUUUUUGAUUUUUUUUAUCAAUCAAACCAAUUAAUUGAUUAUUAAAUUAGUUGGUAAUUAAAGGUUCAGGGGAUUUAGUGGCGUCUAGUGGUGAUUGUAUAUUGCAACCGGCUGAAACUUCUCCCAGCUAGAAUUACUUUAGUUUUCAUUGUUAAGGAGGUUUUAACCCGGAGCCGAAUUAUCCACAGAGGUGUCCUCCUCUCCGAUACUAGAAUUACCACCCCAUAGUUGUAUGCCUUUGCGCACCAGUCAAGUUUCUCUUACAGUUUACAUCCAUGUCUGUGAAAACAUGGAUACUUCACCCACAUUUUUUAACCCUGACAGUGCAGAGGAUCUUUUUCUUUUUCUAAUUCAGUGUCUGACCAAAUGUUUCCCCCUCAGUUCCUAAGAUAUGACACUGAGUAAUGGCUGGAAAAGUGAUUUAUGCAGAACGUUAUGAUGUCAUAGUGAAACUGACCUUUGACCUUUUGGAUAUAAAACACCAUCACUUCAUUAUUUUAUCCUAUCAGACAUUUGUGUGAAGUUUUGUCAUAAUUAGCAAAUUAAUUCUUGAGUUAUGGCCAAAAAAGAUAUCCUGUGAGAUCACAAUGACCUUGGACAUUCAACCACAAAAUCAGUUCAUUCUUCAGUCCAAGUGGAUGUUUGUGUCAAAUUUAAGGAAUUGUUCUCAGGUAUUCUUGUGAUACCACGUUCACGAGAAUGAGACAGAUGAGGUCACCUUGAGGUUGACCUUUGACGACCAUUUCUGCCCAAAUAACCCCCAAAAUCGCACAGACUGGACCUUUAAUUUCACAGCUGACAACUAAUCAAUUGAUUGAUUUAUACUUGCAGCUCUACAUGGAACACUAAAAUGCUAAAGGCUUCAUCAGGCAGGGUGAGGAAAGACAUAUUUAGCUGAUCAAAACCUUUUAAUAAAAGGCCGCAUCUUCACAUCCUACGGACCUUUGGGCAAAAUAUUGGCAAAACAACAUACUGUACCAGUUCAACCUUAGCAAAGUCUCUACAUUUAAGUAUGCCAGCUGGUUCUGCUUCUUAAAAUUGCGUGGUGUUUGAUGGUCUUGUAAAAUUUUAAGCUAACUGGAUUUUAAAUUAAUGCAAAGUGUGACUGUCUGAUGCAUGAAUAUGUUUGUUUUCACUGCUAUGUUCUUAUGUAAUUUAUGAAAUGUAAUAUUAUAUUGCUGUGGAGAGGAAAUAAUAAAAAUUGUAGUAUUUGAGAGCCACCGGGUCAAUUUCCUGGCUUUCAAUUUGCACUGCAAGCUGCCAGUUGACCACACGGUGGUGCCACCUUCCUCCAAA